AUGUCCAAUCCAGAUCAACCCAGCUCUAGCAAUCAGGACUCAGGCAACAUGCGGUGGCAAUUCAUCGACUCGUCUAACAAUAGUCGGACCAAUUUGACCCAGGUCAAGCGCCAUGUUAUGCAAGAAUAUAUGCGCCAGAAGAAAGGCGGCAGUCGCCAGAGUGAAAGCGAAGAGGAAACUCCACAACCCAAACGGGGGCGACCGAAGAAGACUCGCGCUUCAAAGCGAAAUAUUGAAAAGAAGUCCAGGGCAGGCAGCAAGGAGAGGAAAAGCCCCGCCAAACAGGAUGAGGCCCCACCGACAGAGGACGAAGACAUUGAAGAAAUCAACCGCAAUACGUCUACUCAACCCAUCACGUCAAAUUCUCUGUUCAGUCAGGAGGAGGAAGUAUUUUCAUUCUUUCCUUUUCGACCCUCUCCAAAGCAAUCUCAUGCUGUCAUCGCGCCACAUGAAUACUUUGACACAUCCCCACAAAGCACUCGAAGCCAUGGUCUAGAUUUCAAUAGCCUCCCCUCUUGGUCAUCUGCGCCGACAACGCCGUAUGAGCUCGUGCAUUCACCGAAGACAAUCAUGAGUGCAGCUCGAACAGAUCCAUUCAACACUCUUCCUGUGGAUUUGGAUCUAGAUGGGCAGAGAUUAUUUGAUUUCUACGUGAACACCAUGCCCGCGUGCUCCUACGGAUCUCAUUUCCGGUCGCCCAAAGCACACAAUUGGUAUACUGCCGUCUUUGUACCGGAAGGGAUGAAAGGUGCCGUUGCUUUCCAAAAUACCAUCGUCGUUCAUGCGGCAAAUACAUGGGCCUGGGUGCGCAACGAGAGCGAAACGGCAGAUACACUUUUGCAUCGAGAUCGCGCUGUUACUAUGCUUCGCGAGCACCUUUCCAACAAUCCCCGUGACAUCUCCGAUGUCGCAAUCAUCUCGUGCCUCAGCGCCGCAGCCCUAGAAGACUUUGACCCAAGGCCAGGCCACAAGGAGAUCAGCUGGGUCCACAUGCGUGCUGCCCGCGAGAUGAUUAGAGCCCGGGGCGGCCCCGCUGCGUUUGCAUAUACCCGUCUAGGCAAGCUCAUCAAUUGGCAAGAUUAUAUCCUGUCCGGGUAUGAAACCCAUGGACCAAGUUUCUUUUACGAAUAUGAGCGACCAGCUCCCAUCGCCUCCGAACAACCCCACCAAUCUACCCAAAACCUCCACUCGAUGCCAUCACCGCCAUAUUCUACCUCCUCCGCUCUCGACCUCUCACCGAGUCCGGAACCAAAAACCCAACCCACAUUCCCACCUCCCACAACAAUAACCCCAGUUGAAGAACUCAAGCUUCAAUGCGAAGAGUUCCUUGACUUCCUUCGUCGCUGCGAACAACUCUCCUUAUAUCAACGUGACAAUCCUGAAUCAUCUCAUCUAACCCGCCAAACCGCCGUCCAAGAAGCAUCCAUCCUCCAUCAAGUUCUCUCCGCACCCCCAGGUGCCCGUUUCACCUCCGUCGGAGACAGGAAACAAAUGGUCGCCCGCAUUACAGCGUUAAUAAUACUCAACGCCGCACUCUGGGACUAUCGAUAUACGCCCGCCCGUGCAAGCAUGUUCCUCAGCACACUCGAGAAAGCAAUGAUCGACAGCGAAGUAGGAAUGAGCGGCUCCGUCGAAGCAAUUCUUCAAAUCCUAUUGGAAUGCAACGAUGGCUGCGUACAGGUAACUUCAGCUGCUACGGUCGAAGAUCUGCCCGACUUCUCACAAUACGGACCGACGGCUCAUUCGCCUGCUGACCGUCCGUGGUACGCUGGUCGCAUGUUGAAGAUUGGGAAGCGGUUGCGUGCUAAGUGCUGGUAUCGAGUUAGCGAUUUCUUGUUCUCAUGCCUGACGUUGCAAGUGCGGGAGCCUUGUAUGGCUCUUUGGGAGGCCGAUCUUCGUCAGGAGAUUCUUGAUGCACCUUUGACCAGUUAUCUUAUGCGCUCAUUGAUUGAGUGA